ACAGACAGGACAGAGCUAUAGGUGGAAGGAAUCUGUGGUUAAAGUGUGGUCCGAUGGCGGCGGCUGUCUGUCUGAGAGGAAGUUGCAUUGUGGGUUGUAUGUCUGACUGAACACUGAAACCACCACAGGUCUCUCUACGACCCAGAGACCGAUGCUGCAGUCAGAGGAUGUUACAGUCCGACUGGACACAGGAUGGUUCACGGUUACGUUGACCAAUGUUUUGUGGUUUAAUGUUCCUAUCAAAUGAACCACUGAAAACGUCUAUCCUAUUUUGGCUCUCUAAACAGCCGUGGGCGGGACAUCAUGCUGUUGAUCGAUGGGAUGCCUGCCGUCAGCGUCCAAUCGGAGUCUCUGGAGCCUCAGAGAACGUCUCUGUUGGCGUUGUCCCCUCCUGAGAUGGACAGGGUGGUUCUGAAGAGGAAGAUGUUCAGCCCAGUACCUCCAAGUCCUCCAGACACACAACCCUGUAACCCAAACUCUUUCCAGCCCCAGACAGAGCCUGUAGACCUGUCCACCAGCAGCUCCAGGACAUCUCCGACAUCCACAGGAGUCUCCCUGUGCCGCCUACCGUCCACCUCCAUCACCAAGCCUUCCUCAUCCUCAUCCUCCUCCUCUGUCAUUACGUAUGUCCCAAAGACUCCUGCUAUAUCAGCGGCAGGUCCCGGCAUGAGAGUCCUUUGUGGUUAUGUCAGAGAGUACCUCUCCUCACACCACUCUCCUCCAGCCCCGCCCCUUGAUGAAGCCCACCGUACGCCCGUAGUGCCCCCGCCCCUCUUCAAGCCCACCCUCCCGCCCGUAGUGGUACGGCCCACACCCCUGCUCUACACCUACCCAGCACACAGCAGAACCCUGGUGGUAUCCCGACGUCCACAUCACCGUCACCGUGGUGACGGCCAGGAUGAUGAGCUGCCGACCACGGGACUGGACAGUGUGACAGAGAUGGGACAGGUUUUAACCAGAGUGGGUCAUGAGUGA